CAGUACAUACAGCUAGCGCCAAUUACAGUGCACUGGACGAUAGCUAGCCUCGAGCUGCUGCGUCGCGAAAUUUUAUCGCAGCAAAGCUUCAAUCGCAGCAGCAAAACACCACCGGCUGCGAUCCCACUAUGCAGCGUGCGAGACCAUGUCGAAGAACUGGGCAUCGACGCUGAGGCUGCCCAAAUCGACAUUUCCGCCGCGUCCCCAGGGGCAACUCCGGGACAAGUACAUCCAGCGAUGCGCCGACGAUCUGUACCGGUGGCAGGCCGCCAACCGCCCCGCCGACGGCGAGUUCGUACUACACGAUGGCCCGCCCUACGCCAACGGCAGCCUGCACGCCGGGCACGCCCUCAACAAGAUCCUCAAGGACGUCAUUCUCCGCGUCAAGGUCCAGCAAGGCCGCCGCGUUACGUACAUCCCCGGGUGGGACUGCCACGGGCUGCCCAUUGAGCUCAAGGCCGUCGGGCCCGGGGGCAGGCGCAUGGCGCCCGGCAAGAUCCGCGAGGCUGCCCGCAAGCUCGCCACUAAGACGGUGCUCUCGCAGAUGAAGAGCUUCCGCACCUACGCCGUCAUGGGCGACUGGGAGCGGCGGUGGACCACCAUGAACAUGGCUUUUGAGAUCCGGCAGCUGCGCCUCUUCCAGCGCAUGGCCCGCCGCGGGCUCGUCUACCGGAAGUACAAGCCCGUCUACUGGUCGCCGUCGUCGGGCACCGCGCUUGCCGAGGCCGAGCUCGAGUACCCCCAGGGCCACGUGUCCACCGCCGCCUAUGUGCGGUUCCCCAUCGUCGGCGACUACAGCCGUCUACCCGGGCUGCAGGGCCUCGACGGCCGGCUGUUCGCCGUCGUGUGGACGACGACGCCGUGGACCCUGCCCGCGAACCGAGCCAUUGCCGUGCACGACGACCUGGCGUACCACAUUGUCCGGGCUGGGAACGACGCCGUCCUGGUUGCCGAGGGCUGUCUGGACCGCGUCUCGAAAAUUCUCGGGGGGGGCGAGCCUGACGUGCUCGGCACGUUCCAAGGCAGCGAGCUUACCGGUCUGCAAUACGUCAACAUGCUCCGCGGCAAGUCGGCCACCCCGCAGCCCGUCAUCCACGGCUCAUUUGUCACGGCCGAGUCGGGCAGCGGGCUCGUGCACUGCGCCCCCGGACACGGGUUCGAAGACUACGUGGCGUGCAGCGCGCUCGGCAUCCCCGUCGCGGCCCCCGUGGACAACGACGGCCUGUUCACCGACGAGGCGUACCCAGACGACCCCGAGCGGCUGAGGGGCGUGGCCGUUCUCGACGGCGGCAGCGCGGCCGUGCUCGCGCUGCUCGGCGACGCCGUGCUCGACGUGCACGAGUACCGGCACAAGUACCCGUACGACUGGCGGACCAAGCAGCCCAUCAUCGUGCGGGCCACGGCGCAGUGGUUUGCCGACGUGGCGUCGAUCAAGGAACAGGCGCUCGAGGCGCUCGACGAGGUGCGCUUCGUGCCCGAGGGCGGCAGGAACAGGCUCGAGGCGUUUGUCAAGGGCCGCAGCGAGUGGUGCAUCUCGCGGCAGCGCGCGUGGGGCGUGCCGAUCCCCGCACUGUACGACGCGAGCGGCGAGGCCGUCAUGACUGAGCAGACCAUCGACCACAUCGUGUCCGUCAUCGAGGAGAGGGGCACCGACGCGUGGUGGACCGACGCGCCCGGCGACCCGGCCUGGAUCCCCGCCGCACUGGGCAGCGCGGCCGGCUACACGCGCGGCCGCGACACGAUGGACGUGUGGUUCGACAGCGGCAGCAGCUGGACCAUGACGGACCGACAGGCCGACGUCUACCUCGAGGGCUCGGACCAGCACCGCGGCUGGUUCCAGUCCAGCCUGCUGACGCGCGUGGCGGCCAUGGCGAGCCAGACGCCCCCGAGCACGGCGGCGGUUGGGCUAUCGCCGUUCAGGACGCUGAUCACGCACGGCUUUACGCUAGACCAGAGCGGCAAGAAGAUGUCCAAAUCGCUAGGCAACGUCGUGUCGGCGGACCAGGUCAUGGACGGGUCGCUGCUCCCGCCGCUCAAGACCAAGGGCGGCGGCACGUCCAAGGACGCGCUCGGCCCGGAUGCACUGCGGCUGUGGGCGGCCAGCGGCGACUACACGCGCGACAUGGUGCUCGGGCAGCCGGUGCUCAAGGCCGUUCACCAGUCGCUGCUCAAGUACCGCACCACCAUCAAGAUGCUGACAGGGUCCAUGCACGAGUCGGCUCGGACGGCGCCGCUAACGGUGGUCGACCGCAUCGCGCUUCUCCAGCUCCAGGACGUCAUGGACGAGGUGGGCCGACACUACGACAACUACGAGUUCAACAAGGCGCUCGGCAGCCUGAACCGGUGGCUCGCCAACGACCUGUCGGCCUUUUACCUCGAGGCACUCAAAGACCGGCUUUACUGCGCCGACGGCGGCGGGGUGGUGGAGCCGAUCCUGGCGGGCCUGCUGCGCAUGCUGGCGCCCGUCACGCCGGUGCUGGUCGAGGAGGCCUGGGACCACCGGCCGGCAUGGCUGAAGCAGGACGCGGCGGCGGUGCACCCGCUGCGGCAGCUCUACUCGGCCCCCGUCAUCGACGCCAGCCGCCUCGCGGGCGACGAGGCGGAACUCCGCGCGGCGGUGCCGGUGCUGAUGGCGACGCACGCGGCUAUCAAGGCGGCGGCCGAGGCGGCGCGGGUGGCCAAGGCGCUCGGGUCGUCGCUGCAGUGCGCCGUAGUCCUACGGGUGCCGAGCGGCGCGGCGCUGUCGGUGCUAGACAGGUACCGCGACGAGCUCGAGGCCAUGUUUGUCGUGUCGUCGGUCGAGCUCAACGGCGCCACGCCUGCCGACUGUCCGUUCUCGGAGGACUUUGAGGUGGGCGGGACCAAGUGCACGGCCGUGGUGCUGCCGCCAAAGCAGCCCAAGUGCCCGCGGUGCUGGCGCUAUGUGGCGCCGGCCGAGGACCAGCUGUGCGGCCGCUGUGAGGACGUCGUGGGGCGUGUGGGGCGUGAAACUACCCGAUAGACCUGUGUAUUAUGUAGAUGUAAACUUGUAUUAUACAGUACGCGAUAGACAAGACGUGCAGUCAUAGAUACCCGAGACGCUCAGUUUUCUUUCGGAACAUUCUCCCAGUCCAUCUAAUCUAUCCAGUUCCUUCCAGCUCCCUCAAUGCCUGAUCUUGGGGUUGAUUACCUUGCUGUACACUGUAGACAGGUGCCAGCAUUCAGGGUCCUGCCUCAAGCCGUGGUGGAGCAGGUCUACAGUAGUUGUGAAGUCGGUAUGUAUCCGUAUUACUAGUUCGAUCGAGCCUCGAGCUGCCCCACCAAAUUUCCGAUAAGCUCUUAUCGCCCC